GAUGGGGCAGCCACAGUUUCUCUGGGCAACCUGUGCCAGGGCCUCACCACCCUCUUUGGUGGGGUUUGGGUCCUUACAAAGGCUGCAGAGACAUGACAGGAACAGAAUUCCCUGGAGUCAGAUGGUGCAGGUGACUCAGCAAAGCAAAGAGCCCGAGUGCAGGGGGCAGCCUGAGUGUCUUUGGGAAGGGAAAUCUCAUAUGGGGGAAUCUUAUGUGUUAUUUCCUCUUGUCUGGACCCUGAUCUAAGUGGGACUGCAGGAAAGGAAACGAAUGACCCAAGGCUGAGUGUCACAGCAGGUGACUGCCUGGUGAGUUUGCUGCAGUGCCACGCUGUGCCUGGGAUCAAAACCCAAUAGUCAGCUUGUGGAAGACAGCUGUGAGGGGAAUGUUGGCUCUUACUCAGAGCAAAACUUGGCUGUUCUGUCAUUAUUGAUUGCAGCUCGGGGCUUGCAGCAAUUUCAGGUUGACAGGAAGGGAACCUGUAAGGUGCUUAAAACAAACAAACAGAACGAAACCAGCCAAAUGCUGUGUUUGUGUUCCUAAAAUGGCCAGUCAAAACCUGAUUUCAUCAUUCUGUGAAAGACAGAAAUGUGUUGAAUAUCAACUCUAAGUUAGGAUAUACUGCUAGGAGUUUUCCAGGAAGAAGUGCUGCCUGGUGACAUUACAAAUGCUGUGGUUUGGUGUUUUAUGGGUGGGAAAUGAGUUCAACCUUCCAUCACACUGAUUUUUAAAUGGUUUCUGUCACCAGCCUUCACCCACCUGACUGUGUGUGGUUCUCUGUGCUCGUCAGGCACAGUUCUGUCACAGACAGCAGUUCUGCCUGACUGGUAAUGGUGGUUUAGCUGCACAAGUGUCACUGGUUUGGUUCAGAUCAGAUCUGUAAAUCUGUGCUGUGGCUUCAGCAGAAGAGGUUGGUCAGUCCCUCAUGAAGGUCAGUAAAGCUGUGUUUGUCCUGAGCAUGGUGGUGUUAUUGUGGGAUGGGAAAGGGUGUUUGUUCCCCUCAGCUUUGGUCAGGGUUUGCUCCUAGCUCAUCCCAUGGCUGGGAUAAGCAGCCUUUAGAGUUCGUGGAGGGCUGGAGCCCUGUCUGAGAUGCAGAUCCUGGCUGUGCUCCCUCGGUUCAGUUCAGGUCUGUCCCAUGUGCUUUCUAAUUAUUUCCUUUUCUGCAAAGUCUUCCUGCCACCCCCGGGCAGGGAGCUGGUGCUGGCUGUGAGAUCUGCUGCGCGUGGUGCGCGUCCCACAGCAGCAGCACGGGGUCCUGUCACUGCCCGUUCCCUCCCGAGGUGCCUGGACGUGUCAAACUUCCCCGGGAAUUAUUUUGUGUCCUUUCAUCAGCGGGAGACAAAAUGUCGGCUGCUGGAGGGCAGCGAAACCAUCUCAAAUGCACACUAUCAUUUUCUGCUUGUCUUCAAUUAAACUGAUUACCAGACCUCUUUGUUGCUCAGCGCUCAGGCCGUCUCACACGCUGCCAGCGCGUACUUUGGCAGCGGCGGGCGAUGGGAUUUCCUGCAUUGUUUGAAUCUUUGCCGCUGACCUUCGUGGUCCUUGUUCUGGCACUGCCUCUGCUCUGGCAGGGGUGCAAAGGGCAUUAUUGAAAGCCUGAAAGGAAAGAGAAAGAAUUGCUUUAAAGGCAUUGAGGGCUCUUUGUACUCGGUGGCUCCUGGGGUCAUUGGUGCAAAAGGAGGGGAAUUGCUGGGGUUUUGGGAUAAUUACUGCUUUUUCAUUGUUCUCGUCCCACUCUAGAUGACAAUGGUGUGAUUUGUAGUGAGUCAUAAAAAUAGGCCUUCCGUGCAGCCUUAAGCUUGUGUCUUCCCUUUUGGCUGAGGGGGGAGAAGCCUGGUUUUUGUUCCUCUUGGGAAGUCUCGUAGGUGCUGGAAGCACUCGGCUGUGCCGUGGGGCUUUCCCAGCUCCAUACUGGGGGGGCUGUGGAGGGCUCUGCUGGAGAGGCCAGCAGGGUUGUGCUGGAGCCCUGUUGCAGCCCAUGCUGUGGGCACUGGUUUUGAGAAGAUCCACCUAGAGGGACACCCAGAGGGACACGAGCCAUCUGCCUCAUCCCACGGGAGGUCACAGAACCCGCUCCUGCCUCCGCCCCCAUCGCUGCGGCCGCUCUGUGAUGGUAAAUCAUUUGCUCAGCCUCUGCCUGCAGCCUUGUACCUUGAACCUGCUGAAGGUCUGGUGCAGGAACAGAGCUGUGCUCAGCUCUGCAAAAGCUGAUUGUGUGGCUCUGUGUUCUUCCCCUUUCCAUCUGGAGCCUUCCUACCCCUGUCAGGUGCCUGCAGUUGGUCUGGAAACAGCCUCGUGAAGGUAUCCCUGGUGUGGCUGGUGCUCAUGAGAAGGGCAGAUCUUUGGAAUGAGAUACAACUUCUGCAUUAUUGAUUCAUUUGCAUGGUAUUGUGCAGGCUGGAUUAAAUUAUCUGUAGUGUGAUCCUGUACUUGAUGUCAUGGAAUAAAUGCCAGAGUGCUCAGGUUGGAGUAAGUGCUUUGUAACUCUGGCCUUAUAAGUCCAUGAGGCUCUGGGGUUUGUUAAAGGGUUGACAGUGGUGCUGAGCUGUCCCACUGAUCCUGUACCUCACCCCCUGCAUUGCCAUAGGUCUGUCUCCUCUGGGAUUUGUACCCAGAAGAGAAGAGGCCUCUGUGUGGGACAGGGGCAACCUGGGGAGCUGCAGCUGCCUGAAGGAGCUGGGCCUCCCAGGGUGACUCAUCUUGUGUUUCACUGGACCUGUAAAUGAACUUGGGCACGAAACAUGAGAUGCAACAAGCCCAGUUGCUGUUGGAGUUGAAAGCCCAGGCUCUCUGUGCUGUGUUAGUGCUGAGUUUAAGCUCUUUUCUGUUGGGGAAGUAAAAGGCUCCAGUGGACAAUCCAGGCACGUGACUGCUGGGCACGGUCAUGGAAAAUUGGCUCGGUUGUCAUGUUUAUUUGCUCUGAUAUAACUUUUCAUAACACUGUCAUGCAGCUUUUUCCAAGCCCACUGGAAUGUGUUAUUCUUUAUUUCUUCCCUUCUGCUGUUUUUUUGAAGAAGCACUGUCAGAGAAUCUGUGUGUAGCAUUGAUUUUUAUUAUCGUUGUGGGUAAUGAGGUACAACCUUCUCUAACUGACUGGCGCUCUUUUUCUCCCCCUUUUAUGGCACAUUAGCACAGAACCCCUCUGUUUCUUGUAGCUGUAGCUCAAGAUUAUGAUUUAUAGCAGGAGAAACUAAAAUAGCAGUUGUUAGCUCUUCCAGUCUGAUAAAAUCAAAUUUGCCUGACUUUAGUCUCAAUUCCUGCCUUGUUUUAUCUCCGGGGAGGGAAGUCAUCACUCUCUUGCCUUCUGCAGGGCUGGGUUGCUGAACUUAUCCAGUGUUUUGUCAUCUGAGAAGGUAUUGAAUAGCUUUGGUUUGUUCCUGUACAGAAUAUGCUGGUGUUUGUUUCUCUCUCUCUCUCCUGGAGUGGCUCAAGUGCACGUUACAGUAGGGAACAGCCCUGUGUUGGGAUAUAAAGGUCACAAGUCUUUCCUUUCACCUCUCCAGCCGGGAGUCAGGCUGACAUGCAUGGGAGGUGGCAAAGAAGUCUUUGCAGCAAAAGGAGCUUUUGGGGUGUUUUUCUUGAGGGAGACCUAUAGACCAGUCAGUCCUUUCUGCGUGGGGUCUGUAGCCUUCUUUGUCCAGCUCUGGCACAGCUGAUUCCCUCCUCUGAAGAAGAAUUAGUGCUAUUCCUGCAUCCCACAGUCUCUCCUCAUUGCUCCGUGUGGGAGACCUCCAGCACCAGCAGCUCUGUGACAAUAAUACACUGGUUUGCUCACCUCCCAUUAAAUGUUUCCAGCAUGACUAUCAGGUGAAGGGGGAGAAGGGAGUCUGAAUACUCACGAAUGAGCUGUGAUGGAUAACAAAGAUUCAGAAGCUGAGAUCCACCCUCUGAAGACUGAGGAUGCAAAAGCUCAGGAGAACCAUGAGAACUCCGUGGAGAGGAGGAUCAUCAGCAAGCAGACGGCGGGGCUGUCCCGGCUGUCCCGCUGGCGCACGGCCGCCUUCUUCGUCUCCUUGUUCCUCUGCCUGGUCAUUGUCUUUGCUUUCUCCUUUAUCAUCCCUUGCCCAGAGAGACCAGUGUCAGAAAAAACGUGGUUCCAAAACUACAACAACGCAGUGGCCUACCAGUUCCUUGCUUUGGAAGAUGUGAAUGAAGACAAAGUACAAGAUGUCCUCUUUGUUUUCAAAGCCAGCAACGGCAGCAGCAGCUUCAACAACUCCUGCUUGGAUGAAGGGCUGCCUUCUCCCUGUGCCUUUGUUGCUGCUGUGUCUGGCACGAACGGCAGGCCUCUCUGGGAGAGUCCUGCAGCCGAGGAUGUGGAGUGGCUGGAGUGUGGCAUCCAGCAGCUCGGCGAGGCGGGGGCCCCGGGCUGCCUGGUGGUGGGGAAGCCAGUGGCCCUGACAGCCCUUGACCUGCGGACAGGGAAGGUUCAGUGGAGACAGCCCAGUGACUUUGGAGCUAAUUACACUCUGCUGACUCCUGUGUCAGUGAUUCCAGAUGUGGAUAGUGAUGGAGUUCAGGACCUGAUAAUCUUUAUUGCUACAGGAAAGAAGAUUAAGAGCUUCAUCCAUUCAGGAAAGAAUGGCAAGCAGAUUGGCUCCACUGGCAGCCUGGCCGUGGAUGGGAGCGCUCGCUACAUCAGGCUGAACCUGGGCUCCUCCCCCUACUUCCUUUUCUAUACAGAAAACUCUCUCUAUGCAUAUUCUCUGAAAGAUCUGUACAAUGCAGCAACUGGGAUGGAAACUAAGCUUCCCAGCCUCCGGCAAGAUCCUCAGUGGGAGAAGAACAUUGACAGCCCCACGCACCGCGUAUCCCUUCUCAGCUCUGGAGACUUUCGCUACCUGGCAAAAAUUCCUGGGCAGCCAUGGGAGAACAUCUUGGUUGUAGACUCAGAGAUGGCCACGCUGAUCAAUGGGAAGAACCUCCAGACUUUGUGGACCCUCAAUGUGUCCCGUGCUUUGAGUAAGCCGCUGCUUGGUUACUACAAACCUGAUGUUCCUGGUAUUGUCCUGGAGAGUGAAAUUGGACCCAACAAGAAGAAGGUGAUGAUUGUUGAGAGUGCAUCUGGAGCAGUCCAGUGGGACCUGAAUCUGAACUCAGGAGCAGAGAGUCCUGAGCCAGCCACACUUUCCACUGCGGAUCACCGGUCCACCUUCCUCAUCUGGGGGGACUACGAGGAGCCAGGCAAUGAGACAAGAUCCACAGCUCCCCUCCAGAAGCUGUACCUUUUCCAUCCUUCCUACAAUAACGUCCUCUUGGAGCUCCGCAAUAACACAGACCAAAUAAUUGCAUUCAGCGCCGCGCUGUUUGAGCGGAGCCGUCACGCCUGCUACGUGCUGCUGAGGGGCCCCCGGCCCGGCCAGGAGCCAGGGCCCGUGUCACUGAUGAAGAGGAAGCUGAAGGAGGAUGUGUCAGAGAGCAAAGUGAUCUGGCUGAACCAGGUGGCUGUGGACAGUGAGGAGUACAUCCGGAACCGCCUCUACAGGAUGCGAUUCCACAGCCGGGACUGAGCCUGCCCAGGGAGGGGGAGAGGCUGCCCGGGGCCAGGCAUCUCCAGGCUGCCUCUGCUCUGCAGCCGUGCUCUCAACAAGCCCAGAUCAUGGAUUCAGAUGGGAAGCUGCCUUUCUCGACCUGCAAACCAAAGCGUGGCUGGCAGGGAUGCGCCCCCAGUGUCUGGGGACACCCAGGCUGUGGGGGCAGCUGCCAGUGCAUCCAUCCUCAGAGCUGAUGGGACUUCAGUGCUUGGCCACCACUGAGGUGUCGUCAGCUCGGGGAAGAGGGCCCUCCCCUCCAUCCCUCUGUGCCCGCAGAACUGUGCUGACUCGGGAGUGUGUCUGGAGGAAAACAUGUGCUUGCUGGGGAUGCUGGAGUGGAUGAUUUCUGGGGUGUUUGGAGCUCGAUGUGUGGUGUUAGAUUUCCUUUCUGAAUCAGCUCUCCUGGCUGGGGGAGAGGUGCUUGGCUGCAGGUUGGUUUGCAAUCACCCUCUCCUGGAUUUGGGCCCUGCUUCAGUAGUGGUGGGUGUGUGUAGUGCCAGACCCCCGCCGUGCCUGUCCGUGUGGGGCUGGGGGUCACCUGGGCCAGCAGAGCACAGGUUAAAGUGUUGUUCUACUUAGAAAAUGGCCUUUUCUAUUAAGAACAGCCCCACAUGCCCUACUCUGCAGUCACCAGCCUGCCUGUGUCUGUCUCCUCUGCUGCUUCCUUCCCAAGCAGGCUGUGCAGUGUUGGUGACACCAAAAGGGAGCUGGUCUCCAUGUUCCUCCCUGCCCUCAGUCUCAUUAUAGGUGAUGAGCCCAGGGUGGCUGGUCCCUGGUGGUACCAACACCACCUCUCCUGAUUUAAAGGAACCAGAGGAUCUAGGACAUUUUUUUUUUUCAGAGUAGAAUUGCACUUUAACCUUUCCUGGGAGCUGGGAUUGCUGCUCUGGGAAGCCCUGUACCCGAGUGGCAGUGCCAGCUCCCUGCUCAUUCAGCCUUGCAGCUGCUGAGGAGCCUUCUCCAAGCACUGUCCCCUCUGCCAGGAGGUGGGCAGGAGCUCCAUGCUGCUUCCCUGCCCUUGGAAUUGAAGUGAUGCUGGGUGGGGAUCCUCGGGUGCCUCUCUGCCCAGCCCAGUAUCCUGAGGGAUGGGACAGGUUGCUGUGAGGAGAUGACAUGUUCCUCCUGGAGAUCUGUGUAGCAUCAGGGGGUGUUUGCUCUGCCCUGUCCUGGUGGGUGCCAGUGCAGGCUGUAGAAACAAGGUGCAAAGCCUGGAAAAGGGAUUGAACUGCCUGCUCAGUCCUGAAGAUAAAAAUUAACCCUAAAAAUAACCUCUCACAGGCUCUGCCCCCUCUGCCUGGGGGGGAGUUGGCCAGUGCCUCCCUCCCCUGCUGAGUCUCACACUGGGGGAUGUGUAGAAACACUGUAGGAUGGGAAACAAUGCCAGGCUGUGCAGGGUCGGGCACUGGCUCUUCCCUUCAGCUGAGUCUGAGUGUGCCACAGGGCAGCUGCUGUCACCAGGCUCUUGGCACAGCUUCAGCCUUCCCAGUCUGAAAGCACGAUGACCUGGGCUGCUGGCCACACACCUCCUGCUUCCAGCUGGCCUGGUGGCUGCCUAAAGGAUGCCCUGGCUCCCUCUGCCCAGUGACCAAUAUCCCAGGCAGUCAAGGGAGCCAGUCCUGGGGCAUCCAGGCUGUGCCAGGAAGCCAGGGAUGCUCCCUGGCGAGCACACCACAACCUUCAAAGCACCUUGAGCUCAAAAUGGUGAGUUUCCCUCUCUUCCUCUCUUCACAGGCUGUUAUCUGAGGGAGUCUGGGGUCGCAGGGAUGUUCCCCUGCUGUCCCCCAGCCUGGGUUGCCUCUUUGCUCAGCACCUGAGGCCUGGCAGCCCCACAGGUCCCCAUGCCAGCAUUGCAGCCAUAAGAGGCUCCAAGGCCCUUCAGCCACCCGGGGCAGAGCAGGAGUGUGGCUGCAGGAGCAGGUGCAGGCUGGGAAACCCCAGGCUUGCAUAUUAGUGCAGCCUGAGUGUUGGAUGUGAAUUGUAUCCCACUGAGAUUCCCCUGGCAGGGAUCGGGGUGCCUGUGCUGUGUUCUCACCACACUCUCCCUCCUCUGAUCCCUUUCCCAUAGGCACACUGAAUGUUCCUUCAGGGGAGCUGGAUUUUCAGCUUUGGGGAGCUUUUCUGGCUUUAAGUCGUCCAUUAAUGUUUCCAGGUACUUUGGAAACGCAGAUUUCCCUGUGGCAGCUCAACUAAACGCAUCAGUGCCAAACCAGCACCUUCUUAACAAAACCAGUCCUUUCUCCAGCUUAUUUUCCUGUGUAAUUGUUUUAUUUGCGGUAUUUCCUGAAUGACUUCGUGCCUUGAUUCAAUGACCCAGCUGGGUGGCGGUGGCGUAUUAUCACUGUGUUCUGUGUUAGCGUGAUUUUUAACACUGAGACUGUUUGGUUUGAUUCUUUAACUUAUUGCAAAUUGUGCCGUACAGGACUUGCUCUAACCGGAAUGGUUUCAAUAAACGCUCUUUUGCAUUGUUUGUAAA